AUGUCUUUGUCUUCUCAGCUCGUAGCUCUUCUCACGCCGCUCAACAUCGUCCUUCUUCUUCUUUCCUACUUUCCCGUCACCUUCCUCUACCAAAUCAUCCACUAUCGUUUCUUCCACCCCCUCCGUCACUUCCCCGGUCCAUUCUGGGCCAGUGUUACGCGCCUCUGGAUUGCUUACCACAAUGUACAGCGCGACGAAUGCGAAAUCGAGCUUGCAUUGCACAAAAAACAUGGCCCAGUCUUGCGCAUCACACCCACCCUCCUACUCGUCUCGGACGCGACAAAGUUGCCAGAGGUCUACACUCGUCAGGCGAACAAGAGCGAUCACUACGUUACCGGCAGCUUUGGCGAGCAGGAAAGUUUGUUCAACAUGAAGGAGCACAAGAUCCACGCACACUACAGGAAGAUCGCGGCCGGACCGUACGCAUUCAGCAACGUCAAGAAAAUGGAGCCACUGAUCGACCAUCGCAUUAGCGAAUGGCUAGCCAAACUCACCUCGCGCUUCGCAGAAACGGGUGAAGAGUUCGACUUUGCGCCUUGGGCAGUCUACAUGGCGUACGAUAUCAUCUCUGAAGUCGGAUUCGGUGCGCCAUUUGGCUUCGUUGAAAGUGGGAGCGAUGUUGGUGGGCUCAUUCAAGGCUUUCACGAUGGUCUAGUUCCGUUUGGCCUCAUGGCGCGACUCUGGCCGUUUACCAACUUCAUCAAGAAGACGCCUUUGGACAAAUAUCUGAUAGCGAAGCCGGAAGACGACUCCGGUAUUGGAAUGUUGAUGCGCUUUCGCGACAAGCUGAUGCAUCAGCGCCUGCGCGACAUCGAGGAGGGCAAGGUAAAUCGAGUAGACCUUUUGCAAACGUUCAUGGAUGCUCGAGAUGAUCAUGGCAAGUCACUCGAGAUCCCGUAUAUCAAGGCCGAGAUCCUAUUGGUCUUGCUCGCGGGAGCAGAUACAACAGGUACGGCUUUCCAGGCCAUGAUGGCAUACAUCAUGGGCAAGCCAGAGGUCUAUGAUAAGAUGAUGGCCGAGAUAGAUGAGCAGACACGCAGCGGUAAUCUCAGCGAGAUACCAAAGUACGGCGAGGUGCUUCAACACUGCCCGUACUAUGUGGCGUGCGUGAAGGAGAGUAUGCGUCUCUGCCCAUCCGCGCCCACCAUUUGCCCUCGUGUGGUUGGACCUGCGGGUAUUACUUUGAACGGAAAAUUUGUGCCAGCUGGCACGGAGAUCACAUGCAAUCCAUGGCUCGUGCACCGCGACACAGCCAUUUAUGGUGCUGACGCGUGUGAAUUCCGUCCCGAGCGAUGGCUUGAGGACGAGGAGCAGACAAAGCUGUACAAUAAAUACAGCAUGACGUUUGGAUACGGUGCGAGGGUCUGCCUGGGCAAAGACAUCGCGCUCAUGGAGUUGUACAAAGCGCCGCUUCAGUUCUUUCGCACGUUCACGCCCGUCGUAGAUAAAAGUCGGCCAGGGAAAUUCGUUGUCAAGGGCGGAGUGGGCUUUUGGGAAGAUCAAUGGUUGAAGUUGGAGAAACGAAGUGUGAAGAGGUGA